CCUGAUAAUGAAAGGAUACAUGUUUCAUCUAUACACCUCAAUUUUAACCCAAGCUUUAAGGUGUUACAAAUAUUCCAUAAGAAAAAUCUAUGUUGUAAUGAAUAAGUUGGUGUACGACUCUUCUUUAUUACUUCUGUGCCUGCGCGUUUUCUCACGUACGACAGCAACAUCUGCUGCAAUGGCAAACAAAAAGACAGAAGAUACAAGCACAAGCAUCCAUAGUGGCCAUAUACAAGAUGUUCAUACGAUGCCAAUGAAAUAUUUGAUUCGACCAUUUCCAUCAGAACUUGAUCAGAAUAAAGUUAAAUCUUUGAUGGAAACACUUGAAGAUAAAGAACUGGAAAGUUCAGUUCCCCCAAUAGAUGUGUUGUGGAUUAAGGGAAGGGAAGGUGGAGAUUAUUUUUAUUCAUUUGGUGGUUGCCACAGGUAUGAAGCUCAUAAGGUACUGAGCCGUGAAAAUAUUAAAGUGAAACUUGUUCGCGGGAAUCAAGAAAUGUUGAGAACUUAUCUCGGUGCCUCAACACCAAAUUUGAAAUAAAAAUACAAUUGCACUUUCCGCCAUUUUUGCUCUCAAUGCACACCACUUGCAUAUUAGGGAGCAAAUAUGAAACAAAGACUGGACUUAACAGUGGCCCAACAUAUAUGUAUUAGGAGUUGAACUUAGCUGAAGAAAUAAACAGAAAUUUGGAACUUAAUGCACAGGAUAUUACGAACUUUUUGAUGAGUUGGAACCUGAAAAACAAAUGAUAUAAAAAGAUUAAAAAAUAUUUUGAUUCAUCGAAAUACAACCUAUGUAUGACAGCGCACAAAAUGAACAAAUACAUAUUGUAUAAUCGUGA